AUGAAGAGAAGAUGGGGCAGUUUGGAGAUUUACCAGGCUGUUGUUAAGAGAAAAGAGCGUCUUGAAAUCCCUGCUGAGUGCCCUGAUACUAGUCUGGCUGAGCUCAUGGCGUGGUGCUGGGAUGCAGAUCACCGUCAGAGACCCGACAUGAAGGAGGUGCAUCAAUUCCUUGUUGAAUUUGACGCGACAGAUGCAAGUAACUACCCCAACGUCACUAAGCAAAACAACCGCUGCAUCACACCACUCAGCACUGGCCAACAUCAGCAACAGGACGCAGAUAGCGCCGGCCAUCGUGAGCAUGAAAAACGCGAGAUCCUGGGAAUGCUGGAACUUUCAUCCCAAGAAUGCGGAGAGUCAUCUACCGGGCUUACCGGCUUACAUCAUCUUCAUGUGCAUACGUCACGCGGACGAUAUCAACGACGAUCGAAGGUCAAAGUGCUUCUCACGGGAGUGAUCAACGGCAUCAAGAAGACUGUCAAAAAUCACUUUGAGGACUUUGAGUAUGUGUCCUUCUGGCUGACAAACACGAUUCGGUUGAUGCACACACUCAAGCAGUACAGCGGUGAAGAUAAAUUCGCCAGUCAGAACACACACCGGCAGAACGAGCACUGUCUUAGGAACUUUGACCUGUCGGAGUACCGUCAGGUCAUGAACGAUCUCGGAGUUCACAUCUACCAAAUGCUUGUCCACAUCAUUGAGAACAAACUACAGCCGAUGAUUGUUCCUGCCAUGCUGACACCAUUGGGUCUGAUGAGGGGCCAUAUAACCAUAGAAUCCUUAAUCAAACAGCUCACCACGUUCCUAACAGUAAUGAAUAAUCACGGCACGGACCCUGAAGUCGUCAAGCAAGCCAUCAAACAGUCCUUCUAUUUAGUAACCGCCAGUACUAUCAACAUCAUACUGCUGAGGAAGGACAUGUGUCAUUGGUCCAAAGGUGUUCAGAUCAGGUACAAUAUGAGUGAGUUGGAAGAGUGGCUACGGAGCAGCAGACUCUACGAUCGCAACAUGGAGGAGACGUUGGAGCCCCUGGUCCAGAUAGCUCAGCUGCUUCAGGUCAAGAAGAGAACGGAAGACGACGUCAGGCUCAUCUGCGAAACCUGCACGAAACUCACUACAACACAGGUCGUGAAGAUCCUGAAUCUCUACACACCCGACAAGUACGAGGAAAAGACAGAAGUGUCUUUCAUCCGCAAGGUGCAGGGCAAGCUAGCGGGAAGGAUGACGCCCAAGAAAGAUGCACAACUCCUGCUUGACACCAAGUACAUGUUCCCUGUCACCUUCCCCUUCAACCCAUCCUCCGUACUGCUCAAUGAGAUCACCAUUCCCGACACUUUCAAAUUGGACUGCGUCAAGCGAGUAUGAGGGAAGUUACCGACGUGUAGUUCAUGACAUCGUCCUUAGGGCCCGUGACCA